AUGAAACAGCGUGACUCAACACUAGCUGCCUGCUGUAACGGAAUACCAACAGAGAAAGGCAUACAGGAGAGGAGGAGAGGAGGGGAAGAGGAGGGGGAUGGAUGGGGUGAGAAGGGCCAGGGGUGUCAGAGAAGAGCGGGAGGGAGAGAAGGAGUGAAGGAGAAAGAAGGCUCAAUGAAAAGCGAGGUGGAUUCUUGGUAACGCAGCAUGGUUUCUGUGGUUGUGUACUUGGACACUGCCAUUUAGAAAGCACUAUAGGUUUUGUUCUUCUGUACCCCCAUUCAAAUGACAGAGGGGACGGACAAAUCACGGGAAUGUGCCAGGCGGAGAAAGAAUAGAGAGUAGAGGACAAUUCAAUUCAAUUCAAACAACUUCAGUUGUCCCCUUAGGGCAAUUACUAAAAGGAAAAGCAAGAGGGAGUGAGAGAAAGAUAACAGUUGAGUAAGAGGAAUAUAGAACAGUUACACAGAAAACUUAAAGGUUCAUUUAUUUUGUUACAAUUUUUCCUUUAGUUUAUUUAUUUUUCUCUUAAAAAAAAAAAAAACUCUGCAUUGUUGGUUAAGGGCUUGUAAGUAAGCAUUUCACAGUAAGGUCUACACUUGGCGCAUGUGACAAAUAACAUUUACUUAAUUUGAUUUGAUUUAAUUCCACCACUUUUCAAGCUCAUUUUCAUUAUCGCCAGCUCAAUUCCAGUUUCUAUGUUUUGUAGUAAAAAUAUAUCAAGUUAAAAAGUUCUACCUGAUGGCAUCAAAAGAUAAAACAUUUGAAAAACAGUGAUUUUCAAACACUGAGAUUCGCAGUGACGUAGGGAGCAAGAAAAUACACUUAACUGGCUUGAAACUCGUUGCAGGUUUUUAAAAAUCACUGUUUUUCUUACUUUUAAUCCUACCAUGUGAUGUCACAGAGAAGCAUUUUUUAAGAACUCUUGUCUUUUUAAGAAAUAACCGAAACAGCAAUAAGCAAGGCAUAUUAACAUGGGAGAGAGGCAUAAAGCAAUCACUGGUGUUAGGGCGGUAGGUAGCUUAGUGGUAAAGAGCGUUGUGCCGGUAACCGAAAGGUCACUGGUUCUAAUCCCCGAGCCGACUACGUGAAAAAUCUGUCGAUGUGUCCUUGAGCAAGGCACUUAACCCUAAUUGCUCCUGUAAGUCGCUCUGGAUAAGAGUAUCUGCUAAAUGUAAAAAAAAAAAAACAAUCAUAGAAACUUGCUGUUUUCACAUAUGUUGACACUGGUAUGGUGCUGAAAAUAAUGAAUAUGAGGUUAAAAAGUGGCGGAAUUGCCCUUUAUGUAAAGACUAGGAAAUUUCUGAAAAUUGUUCAGUUGUCUGAAGCAUACGUACUACAGUAUGUCAGGCGGGUGGGGACACAGGAAGGCUGAGUUGCGUGGGCUUUUUGUUAGCCAAUUUUGACUUUGUGGCUGUGCUAUCUAGUGGAAACCAGAAGAUCCCCAUUAUGUGCCUACUGAACACCACCCUCAUGUCACCAUGACUACUGUCCUGCUGUAUGUUAUUAUGUCUCUUUGUCUCUUUCUGCUCACCCCAGCUGACAUCCCUCUGAGUAGCUUUCCAUGGAACCUGUUCCCCUGGUGACUCAGUCACCCUGGAGGAGUGUGUGUGUGUUGUGUGUCUGUGUGCGGGCUGGUGUGGCAGAGCGCACACACCCACGGCCCGCUGUGUAAACCCGGUGCCACCUGUCACCCAGUCUGGACCAGCUUGUGCCAUCCUCACGUCAUUUGACUGUGGGUAGACUGGGCACGCAUUGAAUUGGCCCUUUUUGUCCUCUAUAGGCCCCCCUACCUCUCACACCCACCUUCAUAAUCUCUCAUAUCGCAUCAGUGUUUGACAUCAGUGUUUGACAGACCCAUCAAUUCAUAUUCUAUCACAACAGAUCCUAGGAUCAGAAGGGUAGAAUAAUAGAUGUGGUCAUGCCAGACCCAUACAUGCUGUAUAAAUCUAUGCCAUAAGCAGACAGGAUAGGAAAUUCCGUCAAAAUGUAUGAAACAGCAGACAGAGGCUAUUCCUCUUAGAUUGGGCAUGGAAACUGGCAAGUCAAAGAACAGAUCUAAAUCAUUUAUCAGGUUUGUCCCUAUGACUAAAAGACAUGGAGAUGAACACAGAUAGCUGGUCCCUUGGGCCUACCCUUCGAUGUUGGCCGAUCUGAAGGGUCUCGAUAGGGAGUGAUUACUCACCUCGAAAUGGACAAAGAUUUUUUAUUUAAUGAGUCCGACGUGAAUGAUAUACUGCUUCUCCGAGACCAGGCCCAAAUCCCCGUCUCUCGCGUGAAGAAAAGACGGAAAAACAAGGGCGGAGAUCGGGGUGCCUUGUGAGAAUUGGUUGGCGAGUGGGUAACCUGCCUCUACCAUCCGUUCUAUUGGCCAACGUGCAAUCACUGGAGAAUAAACUGGAUGAUCUCCGUUCGAGACUAUCCUACCAUCGGGACAUUAAAAACUGUAAUAUCUUAUGUUUUACCGAGUAGUGGCUGAACGACGACACGGAUAAUACACAAUUGGCUGGGUUUUCCGUGCAUCGGCAGGACAGAACAGCUACAGUGGGGAGAACAAGUAUUUGAUACACUGCCGAUUUUGCAGGUUUUCCUACUUACAAAGCAUGUAGAGGUCUGUACUUUUUAUCAUAGGCACACUUCAACUGUGAGAGACGGAAUCUAAAACAAAAAUCCAGAAAAUAACAUUGUAUGAUUUUUAAGUAAUUAAUUUGCAUUUUAUUGCAUGACAUAAGUAUUUGAUACAUCAGAAAAGCAGAACUUAAUAUUUGGUACAGAAACCUUUAUUUGCAAUUACAGAGAUCAUACGUUUCCUGUAGGUCUUGACCAGGUUUGCACACACUGCAGCAGGGAUUUUGGCCCACUCCUCCAUACAGACCUUCUCCAGAUCCUUCAGGUUUCGGGGCUGUCGCUGGGCAAUACGGACUUUCUGCUCCCUCCAAAGAUUUUCUAUUGGGUUCAGGUCUGGAGACUGGCUAGGCCACUCCAGGACCUUGAGAUGCUUCUUACGGAGCCACUCCUUAGUUGCCCUGGCUGUGUGUUUCGGGUCGUUGUCAUGCUGGAAGACCCAGCCACGACCCAUCUUCAAUGCUCUUACUGAGGGAAGGAGGUUGUUGGCCAAGAUCUCGCGAUACAAGGCCCCAUCCAUCCUCCCCUCAAUACGGUGCAGUCGUCCUGUCCCCUUUGCAGAAAAGAAUCCCCAAAGAAUGAUGUUUCCACCUCCAUGCUUCACGGUUGGGAUGGUGUUCUUGGGGUUGUACUCAUCCUUCUUCUUCCUUCAAACACGGCGAGUGGAGUUUAGACCAAAAAGCUCUAUUUUUGUCUCAUCAGACCACAUGACCUUCUCCCAUUCCUCCUCUGGAUCAUCCAGAUGGUCAUUGGCAAACUUCAGACGGGCCUGGACAUGCGCUGGCUUGAGCAGGGGGACCUUGCGUGCAUUGCAGGAUUUUAAUCCAUGACGGCGUAGUGUGUUACUAAUGGUUUUCUUUGAGACUGUGGUCCCAGCUCUCUUCAGGUCAUUGACCAGGUCCUGCAGUGUAGUUCUGGGCUGAUCCCUCACCUUCCUCAUGAUCAUUGAUGCCCCACGAGGUGAGAUCUUGCAUGGAGCCCCAGACCGAGUGUGAUUGACCGUCAUCUUGAACUUCUUCCAUUUUCUAAUAAUUGCGCCAACAGUUGUUGCCUUCUCACCAAGCUGCUUGCCUAUUGUCCUGUAGCCCAACCCAGCCUUGUGCAGGUCUACAAUUUUAUCCCUGAUGUCCUUACACAGCUCUCUGUUCUUGGCCAUUGUGGGGAGGUUGGAGUCUGUUUGAUUGAGUGUGUGGACAGGUGUCUUUUAUACAGGUAACGAGUUCAAACAGGUGCAGUUAAUACAGGUAAUGAGUGGAGAACAGGAGGGCUUCUUAAAGAAAAACUAACAGGUCUGUGAGAGCCGGAAUUCUUACUGGUUGGUAGGUGAUCAAAUACUUAUGUCAUGCAAUAAAAUGCAAAUUAAUUACUUAAAAAUCAUACAAUGUGAUUUUCUGGAUUUUUGUUUUAGAUUCUGUCUCUCACAGUUGAAGUGUACCUAUGAUAAAAAUUACAGACCUCUACAUGCUUUGUAAGUAGGAAAACCUGCAAAAUUGGCAGUGUAUCAAAUACUUGUUCUCCUCACUGUACGUCUGAGUGGGGGUGUGUGUCUAUUUGUCAAUAACAGCUGUUGGAGUGAUGUCUAAUAUUAAGGAACUCUCGAGGUAUUGCUCACAUGAGGUAGAGUACCUCAUAAUAAGCUCUACCAAGAGAGUUUUCAUCUAUAUUUUCGUAGCUGUCUAUUUACCACCGCAAACCGAUGCUGGCACUAAGACAUCACUCAACUAGCUAUAUAAGGCCAUAAGCGUAGAAGAAAAUGCUCAUAGUGGCUGGUGACUUUAAUGCAGGCAAACAAAUCCGUUCUACCUCAUUUAAAAAAAUACAGAACUAAGAACAGAUAUAGCCCCUGGUUCUCCUCAGACUUGACUGCCCUUGACCAGCACAAAAACAUCCUGUGGCGUACUGCAUUAGCAUCAAAUAGCCCCCACGAUAUGCAACUUUUCAGGGAAGUUAGGAACCAAUAUACACAAGCAGUUAGGAAAGCAAAGGCUAACUUUUUCAAACAGAAAUGUGCAUCUUGUACCACUAACUCCAAAAAGUUUUGGGACACUGUAAAGUCCAUGGAGAAUAAGAGCACCUCCUCCCAGCUGCCCACUGCACUGAUGCUAGGAAACACUAUCACCACCGAUAAAUCUACAAUAAUCGAGAAUUUCAACAAGCAUUUUGCUACGGCUGACCAUGCUUUCCACCUGGCUACCACUACCCCGGCCACCAGCUCUGCACCCUCCGCUGCAACUUGCCCAUGCCCCCCCCGCUUCUCCUUCAUACAAAUUCAGACAGCUGAUGUUCUGAAAGAGCUGCAAAAUCUGGACCCCUACAAAUAAUAAUAAUAAUAAUAAUAAUAAUAUGCCAUUUAGCAGACGCUUUUAUCCAAAGCGACUUACAGUCAUGCGUGCAUAAAUUUUUGUGUAUGGGUGGUCCCGGGGAUCGAACCCACUACCUUGGCAUACAAGCGCCGUGCUCUACCAGCUGAGCUACAGAGGACCACAAAUCAUCUGGGCUAGACAAUCUGGACCCUUUCUUUCUAAAACUAGCCGCCGAAAUUGUCGCAACCUCUAUUACUAGCCUGUUCAACCUCUCUUUCGUAACGUCUGAGAUCCCCAGAGAUUGGAAAGCUGCCGCGGUCAUCCCCCUCUUCAAAGGGGGUGACACUCUAGAUCCAAACUGUUACAGACCUAUACCCAUCCUGCCCUGCCUUUCAAAAGUUUUUGAAAGCCAAGUUAACAAACAGAUCACCGACCAUUUCGAAUCCCACCGUUCCUUCUCCACUAUGCAAUCCGGUUUCCGAGCUGGUCAUGGGUGCACCUCAGCCAUGCUCAAGGUCCUAAAUGAUUAUAAUAACCGCGAUCGAUAAUAGACAGUACUGUGCAGCCGUCUUCAUCGACCUGGCCAAGGCUUUCGACUCUGUCAACCACCGCAUUCUUAUUGGCAGACUAAAUAGCCUUGGUUUCUCAAAUGACUGCCUCGCCUGGUUCACCAACUACUUCUCAGAUAGAGUUCAAUGUGUAAAAUCGGAGGGCCUGUUGUCUGGACCUAUGGCAGUCUCUAUGGGGGUGCCACAGGGUUCAAUUCUUGGGCCGACUCUUUUCUCCGUGUAUAUCAAUGAUGUCGCUCUUGCUGCUGGUGACUCUCAGAUCCACCUCUACGCAGACGACACCAUUUUGUAUACAUCUGGCCCUUCAUUGGACACUGUGUUAACAAACCUCAAAACGAGCUUCAAUGCCAUACAACACUCCUUCAGUAACCUCCAACUGCUCUUAAACACUAGUAAAACUAAAUGCAUGCUCUUCAAUCGAACGCUGCUGGCACCCGCCCACCCGACUAGAAUCCCUACUCUCGACGGGUCUGACCUAGAUUAUGUGGACAACUACAAAUACCUAGGUGUCUGGUUAGACUGUAAACUCUCCUUCCAGACUCACAUUAAGAAUCUCCAAUCCAAAGUUAAAUCUAGAAUCGGCUUCCUAUUUCGCAACAAAGCCUCCUUCACUCAUGCUGCCAAACAUGCCCUCGUAAAACUGACUAUCCUACCGAUCCUUGACUUCGGCGAUGUCAUUUACAAAAUAGCUUCCAACACUCUACUCAGCAAAUUGGAUGUAGUCUAUCACAGUGCCAUCCAUUUUGUCACCAAAGCCCCAUAUACUACCCACCACUGUGACCUGUACGCUCUUGUUGGCUGGUCCUCACUACAUAUUCGUCGCCAAACCCACUGGCUCCAGGCCAUCUAUAAAUCACUGAUAGGCAAAUCCCCACCUUAUCUUAGCUCAUUGGUCACCCGUAGCAACACCCACCCGUAGUAUGCGCUCCAGCAGGUAUAUCUCACUGGUCAUCCCCAAAGCUAACACCUCCUUUGGGCGCCAUUCCUUCUAGUUCUCUGCUGCCAAUGACUGGAACGAAUUGCAAAAAUCUCUGAAGCUGGAGACUUAUCUCCCUCACUAACUUUAAGCGUCAGUUGUCAGAGCAGCUUACCGAUCACUGCACCUGUACACAGCCAUUCUGAAAUUAGCCCACCCAACUACCUCAUCCCCAUAUUGUUAUUUAUUUUGCUAAUUUGCACCCCAGUAUCUCUAUUUGCACAUCAUCUUUUGCACAUCAAUCAUUCCAGUGUUAAUACGAAAUUCUAACUAUUUUGCACUAUAGCCUAUUUAUUGCCUUACAUAACUUGCUACAUUUGCACACACUGUAUAUAUAUUUUAUGUUGUAUUUUUGACUUUAUGUUUUGUUUUACCCCAUAUGUAACUCUGUGUUGUUGUUUUUAUCGCACUGCUUUGCUUUAUCUUGGCCAGGUCGCAGUUGUAAAUGAGAACUUGUUCUCAACUGGCUUACCCGGUUAAAUAAAGGUGAAAUAAAUAAAAAUAAAAGAAAUCUACCAGCAAGUCACAUGUGCAACCAGAGGAAAAAUAACUCUAGACCACAUUUACUCCACACACAGAGAUGCAUACAAAGCUCUCCCUCGCCCUCCAUUUGGAAAAUCUGACCAUAAUUCUAUCCUCCUGAUUCCUGCUUACAAGCAAAAACUAAAGCAGGAAUUACCAGUGACUCGCUCAAUACGGAAGUGGUCAGAUGACGCGGAUGCUACGCUACAGGACUGUUUUGCUAGGGAUUCACCCAAUGGCAUUGAGGAGUAUAUCAACUCAGUCACCAGCUUCAUCAAUAAGUGCAUCGAGGACGAUGUCCCCACAGUGACCGUACGUACAGUCAUGGUCAAAAGUUUUGAGAAUGACAAGUGUUGGUCUUCACAAAGUUUGCUGCGUCAGUGUUUUUAGAUAUUUUUGUCAGAUGUUACUAUGGUAUACUGAAGUAUAAUUACAAGCAUUCCAUAAGUGUCAAAGGCUUUUAUUGACAAUUGACAAUUACAAUAAGUUUAUGCAAAGAGUCAAUAUUUGCAGUGUUGACCCUUCUUUUUCAUGACCUCUGCAAUCCGCCCUGGCAUGCUGUCAAUUAACUUCUGGGCCACAUCCUGACUGAUGGCAGCCCAUUCUUGCAUAAUCAAUACUUGGAGUUUGUCAGAAUUUGUGGGGUUUGUUUGUCCACCCGCCUCUUGAGGAUUGACCACAAGUUCUCAAUGGGAUUAAGGUCUGGGGAGUUUCCUGGCCAUGGACCAAACAUUUCAAUGUUUUGUUCCCCAAGCCACUUAGUUAUCACUUUUGCCUUAUGGCAAGGUGCUCCAUCAUGCUGGAAAAGGCAUUGUUCGUCACCAAACUGUUCUUGGAUGGUUGUGAGAAGUUGCUCUCGGAGGAUGUGUUGGUACCAUUCUUUAUUCAUGGCUGUGUUCUUAGGCAAAAUUGUGAGUGAGCCCACUCCCUUGGCUGAGUAGCAACCCCACACAUGGUCUCAGGAUGCUUUACUGUUGGCAUGACACAGGACUGAUGGUAGCGCUCACCUUGUUUUCUCCGGACAAGCUUUUUUCCAGAUGCCCCAAACAACCGGAAAGGGGAUUCAUCAGAGAAAAUGACUUUACCCCAGUCCUCAGCAGUCCAAUCCCUGUACCUUUUGCAGAAUAUCAGUCUGUCCCUGAUGUUUUUCCUGGAGAGAAGUGGCUUCCUCGCUGCCCUUCUUGACACCAGGACAUCCUCCAAAAGUCUUUGCCUCACUGUGCGUGCAGAUGCACUCACACCUGCCUGCUGCCAUUCCUGAGCAAGCUCUUAGGAGACGGUCCUGGCGCUUGCUGGACUUUCUUGGGUGCCCUGAAGCCUUCUUCACAACAAUUGAACCUCGCUUCUUGAAGUUCUUGAUGAUCCGAUAAAUUGUUGAUUUAGGUGCAAUCUUACUAGCAGCAAUAUCCUUUCCUGUGAAGCCCUUUUUGUGCAAAGCAAUGAUGACGGCACGUGUUUCCUUGCAGGUAACCAUGGUUAACAGAGGAAGAACAAUGAUUUCAAGCAUCACCCUCCUUUUAAAGCUUCCAGUCUGUUAUUCUAACUCAAUCAGCAUGACAGAGUGAUCUCCAGCCUUGUCCUCGUCAACACUCUCACCUGUGUUAACGAGAUAAUCACUGACAUGAUGUCAGCUGGUCCUUUUGUGGCAGGGCUGAAAUGCAGUGGAAAUAUUUUUGGGGAAAUAUUUGACUCCAACCUAAGUGUAUGUAAACUUCCGACUUCAACUGUACAUGUUUCAAGCAGACCACCAUAGUCCCUGUGCCCAAGAAAGCGAAGGUAACCUACCUAAAUGACUACCACCCCGUAGCACACAUGUCGGUAGCCAUGAAGUGCUUUGAAAGGCUGGUCACAUCAACACCAUCGUCCCGGAAACCCUAGACCCACUCUAAUUCGCAUACCGCCCCAACAGAUCCACAGAUGACGCAAUCUCAAUCGCAUUCCACACUGCCCUUUCCCACCUGGACAAAAGGAACACCUAUGUGUGAAUGCUGUUCAUUGACUACAGCUCAGCGUUAAAAACAAUAGUGCCCACAAAGCUCAUCACUAAGCUAAGGACCCUGGGACUAAAUACCUCCCUCUGCAACUGGAUCCAGGUGGUAAGGGUAGUCAACAACACAUCUGCCACGCUGAUCCUCAACACUGGGGCCCCUCAGGGGUGCGUGCUUAGUCCUCUCCUGUACUCCCUGUUCACCCACGACUGUAUGUCCAACACGACUCCAACACCAUCAUUAAGUUUUAUGAUAACACAACAGGGGUAGUCUGAUCACAGACAACGAUGAGACAGCCUAUAGGGAGGUCAGAGACCUUGCAGUGUGGUGCCAGGACAACAACCUCUCCCUCAAUGUGAGCAAGACAAAGGAGCUGAUCGUGGACUACAGGAAAAGGAGGGACGAACACACCCCCAUUCACAUCGACGGGGCUUCAAGUUCCUUGGUGUCCACAUCACCAACAAACUAUCAUGGUCCAAACACACCAAGACAGUCGUGAAGAGGGCACAACAACACCUUUUCCCCCUCAGGAGACUGAAAAGAUUUGCCAUGGGUCCCCAGAUCCUCAAAAAGUUAUACAGCUGCACCAUCGAGAGCAUCCUGACCGGUUGCAUCACCGCCUGGUAUGGCAACUGCUCGGCAUCCGACCGUAAGGCGCUACGGAGGGUAGUGCAUACGGCCCAGUACAUCACUGGGGCCAAGCUUCCUGCCAUCCAGGACCUAUAUACUAGGCGGUGUCAGAGGAACGCCCAAAAAAUGGUCAAAGACUCCAGUCACCCCCCCCCCCCCCCCCCCCCCACCUACAUGUACAAAUUACCUCGACUAACCUGUACCCCCGCACAUUGACUUGGUACAGGUGCCCUCUGUAUAUAGCCUCGUUAUUGUUAUUUUAUUGUGUUACUUUUUACUUUAGUUUAUUUAGUAAAUAUUUUCUUAACUGUAUUUCUUUAACUGCAUUGUUGGUUAAGGGCUUGUAAGUAAGCAUUUGAAGGUAAGGUCUACAUCGGUUGUAUUUGGCGCAUGUGACAAAUUUGAUUUGGUGCGUGCCACAGGAGGUUGGAGGCACCUUAAUUGGGGAGAACGGGCUUGUGGUAAUGGCUGGAGAGGAAUAGGUGGAAUGGUAUCAAAUAGAUGGAAAACAUGUGUUUGAUGCCAUUUCAUUUGCUCCGUUCCAGUCAUUAUAAUGAGCCGUCAACCCUCAGCAGCCUCCACUGGUGCGUACCUACACCACCUGUCGACCGGAGGAGUGUUGGCCGGGCAGGUGAGGCUCAUGCAGUUGAUCUACCUCUUCAAUGUGUCGGAGGAAACACUGUUCACCUGACGACCGAGGUCAGUCUGCAGGUGCCUGGCCCGCCACAGCGAGUCGCUAGAGAGCAAUGAGCCAAGUAAAGCCCCCCCGGCCAAACCCUCCCCUAACCCGGAUGACGCUGGGCCAUUUUUGCGCUGCCCUAUGGGACUCCCGAUCACGGCCGGUUGUGAUACAGCCUGGGAUCGAACCCGGGUCUGUAGUGACGCCCCUAGCACUGCGAUGCAGUGCCUUAGACCGCUGCGCCACUCGGGAGGCCCCCACAAGAUUUAUUUCUAAUAAUUUUUUUGUGUACUUGAUAUUUAAAAUUCUAACUUAACAUGCAUUAAAUAGAUAAGAGGGAAUGUAGUCUGUAUAACAAGUACUAAAUGUAAAUGUAAAUACUAAUGUACAGCAUGUAGGCUGUUCUUGAUUUGAAAGGCGCGUCAUGGUAUGAAAAUAUAUGCACUCACUAACUGUAAAUCACUCUGGAUUAGAGUGUCUGCUAAAUGACUAAAAUGUAAAUGUAAAUGUAUAGCGCCAUCUGCUGCUAAAUAUAAAAUUACAGCAUAUGCCAUUGACCCCAACUUAGUUUUUAUUUAAAUGAUUAAACAAAUAUUAUUACACAUUUGUAGAUGUAGACUACCGAAUGGAGAAAAGUAACUCUUUCAAUAUCCAUACAUUUGAAUAAUUUAAUCUAAUUAUAAAAGAGUCUUACAAUAUACAAAAAGGAACAAUGAUUGUAAAACCAAAAUGCUCACAUAAACCAGACAGCAUUCUCAAUACACAAUCACUCCAAUAAAUACACAGAUCAACACUUCCAACACACAAAAAUCCCUCUUUUCAGAAGAUUCUCCAAUCUUCUUCCUCUGUUCUCAGUGUCCCCUCCUAAGACAUUCCAUUCCUUGGUCUAUUCUUCAAUAGUCUUUCUUAGUCGUGUUCAUUAGGCACAAAACGGAAGAACACAGAAUGAAACAGGGAGGGGCUACCUGGACUUGUCCAAUUAGAAAUGUUCAUUUUUGUUUUCCGUUGCAUCGUGUGCCCUAAUAAACAUGACCCAGAUGAUUUGGCCAGUUCGGUUCCUUUGACCUGUUCCUUUAGUCAGGUUCCGUGUCCAGGACCAGAGUAGGGAACAUCACCCCUCCUUCUCCAAGCAGGGAGUAAAUGUCACGGAGCGCGGCGGGGUUGGGAAGUCCAGGAGCGGAGAGCAUAACCAUGGUGUCAGAGAGAGCCUGUCAGAGAAACAAAACACACACCAAAAAAGUGACAAAUGCACACAGGCGCAAAAACACACAGUAGUCUCGAUAUUGACCUUUGUGGAGAAAUCAACUUUUACAGGGCACAGGUGUGUAACGGCAUGACUCUUGGUAGAAAUGUGUAAAAGGUGUGUUAUUAGCUACCUGUUACAAGUGUGUGUGUCUGUGUGUGUGUGUGUGUGUAUAUACACUACCGUUCAAAAGUUUGGGGUCACUUAGAAAUGUCCAUGUUUUCCAUGAAAACAUACAUGAAAUGAGUUUGAAUAGGAAAUAUAGCAAAAUGCAUAGGAAAUGUAGUUAUUGACAAGGUUAGAAAUAAUGAUUUUUAAUAUAAAUAAUAAUUGUGUCCUUCAAACUUUGCUUUCGUCAAAGAAUCCUCCAUUUGCAGCAAUUACAGCCUUGCAGACCUUUGGCAUUCUAGUUGUCAAUUUGUUGAGGUAAUCUGAAGAGAUUUCACCCGAUGCUUCCUGAAGCACCUCCCACAAGUUGGAUUGGCUUGAUGGGCACUUCUUACGUACCAUACGGUCAAGCUGCUCCCACAACAGCUCAAUAGGGUUGAGAUCCAGUAACUGUGCUGGCCACUCCAUUAUAGACAGAAUAUCAGCUGCUUCCCUAAAUAGUUAUUGCAUAGUUUGGAGCUGUGCUUUGGGUCAUUGUCCUGUUGUAGGAGGAAAUUGGCUCCAAUCAAGCGCCGUCCACAGGGUAUGGCAUGGCGUUGCAAAAUGGAGUGAUAGCCUUCCUUCUUCAAGAUCCAUUUUACCCUGUACAAAUCUCCCACUUUACCACCACCAAAGCACCCCCAGACCAUCACAUUGCCUCCACCAUGCUUGACAGAUGGUAUCAAGCACUCCUCCAUCAUCUUUUCAUUUGGUCUGCGUCUCACAAAUGUUAUUCUUUGUGAUCCGAACACCUCAAACUUCGAUUUGUCUGUCCAUAACACUUUUUUUCCCCCAAUCUUCCUCUGUCCAGUGUCUGUGUUCUUUUGCCCAUCUUAAUCUUUUAUUUUUAUUGGCCAGUCUGAGAUAUGCAUUUUUCUUUGCAAAUCUGCCUAGAAGGUCAGCAUCCCGGAGUCGCCUCUUCACUGUUGACGUUGAGACUGGUGUUUUGCGGGUACUAUUUAAUGAAGCUGCCAGUUGAGGACCUGUGAGGCAUCUGUUUCUCAAACUAGCCACUAAUGUAUUUGUCCUCUUGCUCAGUUGUGCACCGGGGCCUCCCACUCCUCUUUCUAUUCUGGUUAGAGCCAGUUUGCGCUGUUCUGUGAAGGGAGUAGUACACAGCGUUGUACGAGAUCUUCAGUUUCUUGGUAAUUUCUCGCAUGGAAUAGCCUUAAUUUCUCAGAACAAGAAUAGACUGAUGAGUUUCAGAAGAAAGUUAUUUGUUUCUGGCCAUUUUGAGCCUGUAAUCGAACCCACAAUUGCUGAUGCUCCAGAUACUCAACUAGUCUCAAGAAGGCCAGUUUUAUUGCUUCUUUAAUCAGCACAACAGUUUUCAGCUGUGCUAAUAUAAUUGCAAAAGGGUUUUCUAAUGAUCAAUUAGCCUUUUAAAAUGAUAAACUUGGAUUAGCAAACACAACGUGCCAUUGGAACACAGGACUGAUGGUUGCUGAUAAUGGGCCUCUGUACGCCUAUGUAGAUAUUCCUUAUUUAUUUUUUUAUCAGCCGUUUCCAGCUACAAUAGCCAUUUACAACAUUAACAAUGUCUACACUGUAUUUCUGAUCAAUUUGAUGUUAUUUUAAAUGGACAAAAAAAAAAGCUUUUCUUUCGAAAACAAGGACAUUUCUAAGUGACCCCAAACUUUUGAACGGUAUAUAUAUAUACAGUUGAAGUCGUAAGUUUACAUACACUUAGGUUGGAGUCAUUAAAUCUUGUUUAUCAACCACUCCACAAAUUCCUUGUUAACAAACUAUAGUUUUGGCAAGUCGGUUAGGACAUCUACUUUGUGCAUGACAAAAGUAAUUUUUCCAACAAUUGUUUACAGACAGAUUAUUUAACUUUUAAUUCACUGUAUCACAAUUCCAGUGGGUCAGAAGUUUACACAUACUAAAUUGACUGUGCCUUCUGAUAGGCUAAUUGACAUCAUUUGAGUCAAUUGGAGGUGUACCUGUGGAUGUAUUUCAAGGACUACCUUCAAACUCAGUGCCUCUUUACUUGACAUCAUGGGAAAAUCAAAAGAAAUUAGCCAAGACCUCAGAAAAACAAUUGUAGACCUCCACAAGUCUGGUUCAUCCUUGGGAGCAAUUUUCAAAUGCCUGAAGGUACCAUGUUCAUCUGUACAAACAAUAAUACGCAAGUAUAAACACCAUGGGACUACGCAGCCGUCAUACCGCUCAGGAAGGAGACGCGUUCUGUCUCCUAGAGAUGAACGUACUUUGGUGCGAAAAGUGCAAAUCAAUUCAAGAACAACAGCAAAUGAACCUUGAGAUGCUGGAGGAAACAGGUACAAAAGUAUCUAUAUCCAUAGUAAAACGAGUCCUAUAUCGACAUAACCUGAAAGGCCGCUCAGCAAGGAAGAAGCCACUGCUCCAAAACCACCAUUAAAAAGCCAGACUACAGUUUGCAACUGCACAUAGGGACAAAGAACAUACUUUUUUGGAGAAAUGUCCUCUGGUCUGAUGAAACAAAAAUAGAACUUGGCCAUAAUGACCAUCGUUAUGUUUGGAGGAAAAAGGGGGACUUGCAAGCCGAAGAACACCAUCCCAACCGUGAAGCACGGGGGUGGCAGCAUCAUGCUGUGGGGGUGCUUUGCUGCAGGAGGGACUGGUGCACUUCACAAAAUAGAUGGCAUCAUGAGGAAGGAAAAUGAUGUGGAUAUAUUGAAGCAACAUAAUAAUAAUAAUAAUAUGCCAUUUAGCAGACGCUUUUAUCCAAAGCGACUUACAGUCAUGCGUGCAUACAUUUUUGUGUGUGGGUGGUCCCGGGGAUCGAACCCACUACCUUGGCGUUACAAGCGCCGUGCUCUACCAGCUGAGCUACAGAGGACCACGUCUAUUGUUGGACAUUUGCACUGAAUUCAUUUGAAAUGUCCCAAAAUAAAAUGCUGCAUAAAACAUCUCAAGACAUCAGUCAGGAAGUUAAAGCUUGGUCGCAAAUGGGUCUUCCAAAUGGACAAUGACCCCAAGCAUACUUCCAAAGUUGUGGCAAAAUGGCUUAAGGACAACAAAGUCAAGGUAUUGGAGUGGCCAUCACAAUAUAUAUAUAUAUGAAUGAUAGUUGUGCCUCUUACCUGAUGCAGGUGCACCUCCUGCUGUAGCAGCUCCACUCUCAGCCUCAGCCUCUCCACCUCCUGGAGCUCUGCCUGGCUGGUGUAGGUCAGGGUGGGGGGCAAGGGGGUCACCCCACUCUGGUCACCCCAAUUGCCCCUUCUCCUGACGGGGCAGAACGCUCCCGUUCCUUCCCUCUUCGGCCUCCUCCAUCGAUCCCAUGCCUCCCGCUCUGGUUGGAAAAAUUUUGUUUAUUUUUAGAGUGCGAGGAGCGCGAGCAACCGAAGCCGAAAACGUUUGCGCCUCCUAUGUGCUUGCUGCUGCCUCAGUUUAAAUAGCAGGGCCAAGCAUCGAGCGUCGUCAGGGAUGGACUGACUGACGGCUUUAAAACCUCACUGUCACACUCACACAGGGGGACCUGAGAAGGAGCCUCACCAUCAGUCAGACACACCUCAAAAAGGAGCCCAAGGAAACAAGAACAGAUCUGUCUCCGGUGUGUUACGGUGUUACUCUGACGGUUUCUAUUUUUAUUUUCCAUAAGUCAAGACAGUGAGGGGUUCAAUUAGCUCGUUAGUGUGCGUCCGCGUGGAGAUUGACUCUCAGGGAGCACAUUUCUCCAUUGGGGGAUCGUGACGUGAGAAUUAAUCUGCUCAUCGUCCUGUUGUGAGUUGACUCAUGACAAUGCUGCAACAAAAGCGUCACUGUACCGUUCUAUUGUUGGACAUUUGCACUGAAUUCAUUUGAAAUGUCCCAAAAUAAAAUGCUGCAUAAUCAUCAGACUACCAGAAUGUAAAUUAGAGAUAAGAUAAUAAAUAUUACUGUUAUACUGAGUGAAAAGACAAAAGCCUGUGCAGAAUAAGAAUAUUCCAAAACAUGCAUUCUGUUUGCAACAAGGCACUAAAGUAAUACUGCAAAAUAUGUGGCAAAGCAAUUCACUUUUUGUCCUGAAUACAAAGUAUUGGAUUUGCCCCAAACAUAUUACUGAGUAUCACUGUCAUAUUUUCAAGCAUUGUGGUGGCUGCAUCAUGUUAUGGUUGUGUUUGUAAUUGUUAAGGACUGGGGAGUUUUUCAUGAUAAAAAACAAACGGAAUGGUGCUAAGCACAGGCAAAAUCCUAGAGGAAAACCUGGUUCAGUCUUGCUUUCCACCAGACACUGGGAGAUGAAUUCACCUUUUAGCAGGACAAUAACAUAAAACACAAGGCCAAAUCUACACUGGAGUUGCUUACCAAGACAGUGAAUGUUGUUGAGUGGCCGAGUCACAGUUUUGACUUAAAUCUGACUUAAAUUUUACAGAGCUUGAAGAAUUUUGAAAAUAAUAAUGGGAAAAUGUUGCGCAAUCCAGGUGUGGAAAGCUCUUAAGAGACUUACCCAGAAAGACACACAUCUGUAAUCGGUGCAAAAGGUGCUUCUACAAAGUAUUGACUCAGGGGUGUGAAUACUUAUGUACAUGUAAAUGAGAUAUUUCUGUGUGUGAGUGAAUGAGAGAGAAAGAGGGAGAGAGAGAGAAAGCCAGGGCCAGCAAGGCAGCCAGUCGAGACUCUCAAUUUUAAGUGGGGACUCUGGCUUUGACUCUGGACAGAGUGUGUGUAUUCUGGAACAUUCUGUCACAAUCUAGCCCCUAGCCAGACAUCUCGGAGGCUUUGGGAGCACUAAAAACGGUCAAUUCUAAUGAAAAGUUCCCACCAUCAGCUCCACACUGUCACAGUGAGAUUGGUGAGGGGGGAAAAGAGAGCUCAGCUUAUAAUUGUAUUUGUUCAAGGCCGUGGAGAAUAUGUUGCAUUAUACUGUGAGAUGCUAUAUAGGCUAAUUUAAAUUCUGCUGGGUGAAUAAAUUGCAAAAGGUCACAAUUUCACCACAAGUUAAGUCCCUGGAAAAGUCAGUAAAUGGGGAAUUGGAGGGUAAUAUACCUACUUUCCAAGACUGAUUUUUCAAAUCCGAACUAAUUCUCUUGACAUUUGAUUAUACUCUACACUGUGCCAGUGAAAAACAUUGAGAGGGAGAGCUCUCACUUCGAGUGGAGAUGUGUGUGAGUGAGUGUAUAGAGUGAAGCAAGAUGUAGUACCUUUUCUCAGCUGUCCAGCACGUUUCAGGAGGUCUGCCACCAUCUUCUCCAGGCCUUCCAGCAUCAGCAAGGAUUCAUAUUCCCUAUUCUGGCAUGUUGCUUCACAUAAUAACAAAGAAACAAUAAAUAAAUAAACAGUGAAUUUUGAAAGUAUUCAGACCCCUUUUUAUGUUAUGUUACAGCCUUAUUCUAAAAUGGAUUAAAAUAUUUUUUUCCUCAUUGAUCUACACACAAUACUCCAUAAUGACGAAGCAAAAACUGUUUUUUUAGAAAUAUUAGCAAAUGUAUUAAAAAUUAAAAACAGAAAUACCUUAUUUACAUAAGUAGUCAGACCCUUUGCUAUCAGACUCGAAAUUGAGCUCAGGUGCAUCCUGUCUCCAUUGAUCAUCCUUGAGAUGUUUCUACAACUUGGAGUCCACCUGUGGUAAAUUCAAUUGAUUGGACAUGGUUUGGAAAGGCACACAUCUGUCUAUAUAAGGUUACACAGUUCACAGUGCAUGUCAGAGCAAAAACCAAGCCAUGAGGUCGAAGGAAUUGUCCAUAGAGCUCCGAGACAGGAUUGUGUCGAGGCACAGAUCUGGGGAAGGGUACCAAAACAUUACUGCAGCAUUGAAGGUCUCCAAGGACACAGUGGCCUACAUCAUUCUUAAAUGGAAGAAGUUUGGAACAACCAAGACUCUUCCUAGAGCUGGCCGCCUGGCCAAACUGAGCAAUCGGGGGAGAAGGGCCUUGGUCAGGGAGGUGACUAAGAACCUGAUGGUCACCCUGACAGGGCUACAGAGUUCUUCUGUGGAGACGGGAGAACCUUCCAGAAGGACAACCAUCUCUGCAGCACUCCACCAUUCAGGCCUUUAUGGUAGAGUGGCCAGACGGAAGACACUCCUCAGUAAAAGGCACGACAGCCCGCUUGGAGUUUGCCAAAAGUCCCCUAAAGGACUUGCUAAAAACCCGUUUUUGCUUUGUCAUUAUGGGGUAUUGUGUGUAGAUUGAAAAACAAUUUAAUCCAUUGUAGAACAAGGCUGUAACUUAACAAAAUGUGGAAAAAGUCAAGGGGUCUGAAUACUUUCCGAAGGCACUGUAUGUAUGUAUGUAUGUACAGUACCAGUCAAAAGUUUGGACACACUUACUCAUUCAAGGGUUUUUCUUUAUUUUUACUAUUUUCUACAUUGUAGAAUAAUAGUGAAGACAUCAAAACUAUGAAAUAACCCAUAUGGAAUCAUGUAGUAACCAAAGAAGUGUUAAACAAAUCAAAAAACACUUUUUUGGUUACUACAUGAUUCCAUGUGUUUUCUACAACGUAGAAAAUAGUAAAAAUAAAGAAAAACCCUUGAAUGAGUAGGUGUGUCCAAACUUUUGACUGGUAGUAUAUACAUACACAUAUACAGUGGGGAAAAAAAGUAUUUAGUCAGCCACCAAUUGUGCAAGUUCUCCCACUUAAAAAGAUGAGAGAGGCCUGUAAUUUUCAUCAUAGGUACACGUCAACUAUGACAGACAAAUUUAGAUUUUUUUUCUCCAGAAAAUCACAUUGUAGGAUUUUUAAUGAAUUUAUUUGCAAAUUAUGGUGGAAAAUAAGUAUUUGGUCACCUACAAACAAGCAAGAUUUCUGCCUCUCACAGACCUGUAACUUCUUCUUUAAGAGGCUCCUCUGUCCUCCACUCGUUACCUGUAUUAAUGGCACCUGUUUGAACUUGUUAUCAGUAUAAAAGACACCUGUCCACAACCUCAAACAGUCACACUCCAAACUCCACUAUGGCCAAGACCAAAGAGCUGUCAAAGGACACCAGAAACAAAAAAUCAACUGUGGGAGCAAUUAUUAGGAAAUGGAAGACAUACAAGACCACUGAUAAUCUCCCUCGAUCUGGGGCUCCACGCAAGAUCUCACCCUGUGGGGUCAAAAUGAUCACAAGAAUGGUGAGCAAAAAUCCCAGAACCACACGGGGGGACCUAGUGAAUGACCUGCAGAGAACUGGGACCAAAGUAACAAAGCCUACCAUCAGUAACACACUACACCGCCAGGGACUCAAAUCCUGCAGUGCCAGACGUGUCCCCCUGCUUAAGCCAGUACAUGUCCAGGCCCGUCUGAAGUUUGCUAGAGUGCAUUUGGAUGAUCCAGAAGAGGAUUGGGAGAAUGUCAUAUGGUCAGAUGAAACCAAAAUAGAACUUUUUGGUAAAAACUCAACUCGUCGUGUUUGGAGGACAAAGAAUGCUGAGUUGCAUCCAAAGAACACCAUACCUACUGUGAAGCAUGGGGGUGGAAACAUCAUGCUUUGGGGCUGUUUUUCUGCAAAGGGACCAGGACGACUGAUCCGUGUAAAGGAAAGAAUGAAUGGGGCCAUGUAUCGUGAGAUUUUGAGUGAAAACCUCCUUCCAUCAGCAAGGGCAUUGAAGAUGAAACGUGGCUGGGUCUUUCGGCAUGACAAUGAUCCCAAACACACCGCCCGGGCAACGAAGGAGUGGCUUCGUAAGAAGCAUUUCAAGGUCCUGGAGUGGCCUAGCCAGUCUCCAGAUCUCAACCCCAUAGAAAAUCUUUGGAGGGAGUUGAAAGUCUGUGUUGCCCAGCGACAGCCCCAAAACAUCACUGCUCUAGAAAAGAUCUGCAUGGAGGAAUGGGCCAAAAUACCAGCAACAGUGUGUGAAAACCUUGUGAAGACUUACAGAAAACGUUUGACCUGUGUCAUUGCCAACAAAGGGUAUAUAACAAAGUAUUGAGAAACUUUUGAUAUUGACCAAAUACUUAUUUUCCACCAUAAUUUGCAAAUAAAUUCAUAAAAAAUCCUACAAUGUGAUUUUCUGGAUUUUUUUCCCCUCAUUUUGUCUGUCAUAGUUGACGUGUACCUAUGAUGAAAAUUACAGGCCUCUCUCAUCUUUUUAAGUGGGAGAACUUGCACAAAUGGUGGCUGACUAAAUACUUUUUUCCCCCACUGUAUAUACACACAUACAGUGAGGGAAAAAAGUAUUUGAUCCCCUGCUGAUUUUGUACGUUUGCCCACUGACAAAGACAUGAUCAGUCUAUAAUUUUAAUGGUAGGUUUAUUUGAACAGUGAGAGACAGAAUAACAAAUAUAUCCAGAAAAACGCAUGCCAAAAAUGUUAGAAAUGUAUUUGCAUUUUAAUGAGGGAAAUAAGUAUUUGACCCCUCUGCAAAACAUGACUUAGUACUUGGUGGCAAAACCCUUGUUGGCAAUCACAGAGGUCAGACGUUUCUUGUAGUUGGCCACCAGGUUUGCACACAUCUCAGGAGGGAUUUUCUCCCACUCCUUUUUGCAGAUCUUCUCCAAGUCAUUAAGGUUUCGAGACUGACGUUUGGCAACUCAAACCUUCAGCUCCCUCCACAGAUUUGGGAUUUUGACCUAUGGGAUUAAGGUCUGGAGACUGGCUAGGCCACUCAGGGACCUUAAUGUGCUUCUUCUUGAGCCACUCCUUUGUUGCCUUGGCCGUGUGUUUUGGGUCAUUGUCAUGCUGGAAUACCCAUCCACGACCCAUUUUCAAUGCCCUGGCUGAGGGAAGGAGGUACAAGGCCCCGUCCAUCGUCCCUUUGAUGCGGUGAAGUUGUCCUGUCCCCUUAGCAGAAAAAUACCCCCAAAGCAUAAUGUUUCCACCUCCAUGUUUGACGGUGGGGAUGGUGUUCUUGGGGUCAUAGGCAGCAUUCCUCCUCCUCCAAACACGGCGAGUUGAGUUGAUGCCAAAGAGCUCCAUUUUGGUCUCAUCUGACCACAACACUUUCAACCAGUUCUCCUCUGAAUCAUUCAGAUGUUCAUUGGCAAACUUCAGACGGGCCUGUAUAUGUGCUUUCUUGAGCAGGGGGACCUUGCGGGCGCUGCAGGAUUUCAGUCCUUCACGGCAUAGUGUUACCAAUUGUUUUCUUGGUGACUAUGGUCCCAGCUGCCUUGAGAUCAUUGACAAGAUCCUCCCGUGUAGUUCUGGGCUGAUUCCUCACCGUUCUCAUGAUCAUUGCAACUCCACAAGGUGAGAUCUUGCAUGGAGCCCCAUGCCGAGGGAGAUUGACAGUUCUUUUGUCUUUCUUCCAUUUGCGAAUAAUCGCACCAACUAUUGUCACCUUCUCACCAAGCUGCUUGGCGAUGGUCUUGUAGACCAUUCCAGCCUUGUGUAGGUCUACAAUCUUGUCCCGACAUCCUUGGAGAGCUCUUUGACCUUGGCCAUGGUGGAGAGUUUGGAAUCUGAUUGAUUGAUUGCUUCUGUGGACAGGUGUCUUUUAUACAGGUAACAAACUGAGAUUAGGAGCACUCCCUUUAAGUGUCUGCUCCUAAUCUCAGCUCGUUACCUGUAUAAAAGACACCUGGGAGCCAGAAAUCUUUCUGAUUGAGAGGGGGUCAAAUACUUAUUUCCCUCAUUAAAAUGCAAAUCAAUUUAUAACAUUUUUGACAUGCAUUUUUAGUUUUGUUAUUCUGUCUCUCACUGUUCAAAUAAACCUACCAUUAAAAUUAUAAACUGAUCAUGUCUUUGUCAGUGGGCAAACUUUCAAAAUCAGCAGGGGAUCCAACUUUUUUCCCUCACUGUGUGUGUGUAUAUAACAGACAUGCGCUAAGCAUUAUUAUUACUACACAUUGACAAAUAAUUACUCUCUCUUCAGUAUUUGGACAUGAAAUUAAACAAAUGCAGUGAUAAAGCGCAAUGCAAAUCAAUCUCAAAUGUAUUGUAAUGGUGCUAUAAAAAAUGUAAAGGUUUUGCUGUAUCUAAUUGCUUUACAUUACUCAUUAGAAGUUACUGUAAUUAAUUGUUAUCUGUAGCAUAAAAACAGAUCUGUCAAAUGAUUGCUAACGCUAAAGCCUUCAGCAGAAUUAAUAAGUUCAGCACUUAAUGAGUCCAGAGGACUAAGAGGUGAUGAGCUGAAAAAUUAUUAACACUGAACGUUCUAAUUUCUAAGCUAACUAAAUCCUUAGUUUUUGGAUAAAUGGACCCCUUCUCCAGACUCUUGUUUUCUCAUCGCCCACACUUCUGUAAUCUCCUACCAGUUCUCCAUCUCUCCCUUCCCCCCCACUUCUGUAAUUUCCUAUUUCUUACUAGUUCUCCACAAUUUCUGCUACUCAUCCCUUCUUCCACCCCCCCUCUGCAUCUCCUCUGGCUGGGCUGGUACCUGGCUCAGUGCCAGUGGUUCUGAAGGUCUGGCAAGUCAGCAGCAGCCGCUCGCUUUGGUAGCAAUGACUCAGGUCCGUGCAAAGCUGUGUCAGUCUGUCCACCUGAGCCCCGGGGUCGGCCGGGCUGCCACUGGUUGGCCACUCUCUGGGGAACUGACCCAUAAGUGGACGGGUCAAGGAGAACAAGCAGACAAGACUCUGGGAGAUUAUAUUAGAAGACACUCAUAUGCACGCGCACACACAUUGAAUUUUCUGUGUGUUAUUUUGAGAAACGCUGGUAGACACUGAAUUUGAUGCCGUGCUAAUUUUUCUUACAUGGGCUGUGUGAACGAGUGGGAGUGAGAUAAUUAGUAACGAGUUUAUACUCGUUGAAAUGAACGAUUGAUAUCUCUGCAGGUCCCAUGUCACAUCUAAGAUAUAUUAUUAAAACACUAUGUAACUACUCAUUAAUGCAUAGAUUUAACGUAAAGCAAGAGGGUGCAUUAAAUCAGGUUUAGCUAUAUGUGGGUGUUAAAUGUUCAGUUCAUCUGAGGAAGGAUACAGUGGCUUUCACUCUCUCCAUGAAGUGACUCCUCUCCGCCACAGGUUUGGAUUGUUGAGCCAGGACCUUGUCCCAUAACCUGAGGGUAGAAAAAACCCUGAAAGGGUCAAAUGAAUGUCCCAGCCACCAAUACAGUGGUAUACAAGUAUACAUCAGCGGAGGCUGCUGAGGGGAGGACGGCUCAUAAUAAUGGCCAGAACGGAGCAAAUGGAAUGGCUUCAAACCAUGUGUUUUAUCUAUUUGAUACCAUUCCACUGAUUCUGCUCCAGCCAUUACCACAAGCCCGUCCUCCCCAAUUAAGGUGCCACCAACCUCCUGUGGUUUACAUGUAUAGCCUACUUCUUGUUUCCCAACCAAAGACAGCUCAACAUCAAUGAGUAUGCAAAAGACGUGUAGAAGAAAAAAAAAAAAAUCACUUUGUGGACAUUUGUUUUGGAUACCUAGUUAGCUGUUCCUGCCAGAACCAUAGCACAUGCACCUGGACACACUGCUGUGCACAGGGAAUUGACCCUUUUGCACAUAAUACAUUAGAGAAAAUUAUGCAUGCAUUACAGAACACUGGAUGGAAACUGUUACAUGGAGGAUGAUAUGAGUCAGACAUUUCAUCCACAGAAGAUAUGAUUCACUGGCUGACCUGGUUUGUUUGGUCCUUAGACUGAUCCAUUUAGUUAACAACUGGGAGGGAACCCUGCCACAAAAACACAAUCAAACAUGUAGUGUCAUUAAACCACACUCAAACUACUUAGUGUCACAACAGACUAGUCAUAUUAUAUCACCAAUGUUGAGUUGCUUCUAGCCAACUUCUUAACGAUAUCAGUAUGGUACUUUGAAGUUCCAUUUUCAUUUGCUAUGUUGCUUUUGGCAAAGGAAUUUGACACUGUCACAGACCCAUUCUGUGGAGGUGAAACGACAUGUGCUUUUGGCGUCCCCUCCAUGUGUGAAACAGACACCGGGUCCUCGUUAGGGGGCUGGAAGGAAGUGGCUGCAGCUGACAUGCACCUGUGGGACACCUCAACCUGAUGAUGUGCUGAUGAGGCCUGUGGUGAUUGACCCUGAUCAUUAGACACAGGACCUGGAGGACCAGCCUGCUUCACUGCUUUCCCAGAGGACUGGGGAUGAAACCCCUUUGGUGACACGACAGAUUGUUUCUGGAUCUGGACAGAGCCUCUGAUCAUGCUAGCCCUGCCUUGUCCUGAAUGACCUACCAGAUGACCCAUCCUCCCCCUUCCAUCCCUAUAGAGAUGGGACGCAGAAGACUUCCUGGACUCUUUUUUGUCCACCGUGAUGGGUCUGGAGGUAGUUUUAAAGCCAUUUCUAUUCCCUUUGGUGCCACCUGGGGUCAGAGCCCUUCCUUUGCAAUGUGUAGUGUCCACUGGUUCUUUCUUUGGUCCUGUACAGUUCUGAGGGUCUUUUUGGGGUGCUGUGCCAACACGAACUCUGAGGGCCUUCUCCAGCAUUCGAUUCAGCAGUUCCAUCUCCUGUCUCUCCUCCGGUUGGACAUCUGGGUCUAAACACAGAAAGAUACAAAUAUGCUGACAAUGUAGAUACAAAAAACUAAAACAAAUAUGACCAUAUCCAGUUACUACUAGUACACUGGGCUUUCAGAGUAAAUAACAGAUUGUGGAUCAUCAUCAUACCCAUUUCAACAUCAUCUGUCAGUUUUAUUUCCUUGCAGUCUUCCUGCUGUGGUCUCCUGGUGAAUGAUCAGAUGCCAAGCAAGUUAAAACAUAGGCCUAUCUAGUUACGUACUCAUACAGAACAACUUUAGACCAUUAGCGUAACAGAUAGCAAUGAACGUGGAGGUGUUAUUGUACUUACAAAGAGCGCAGUAUCUCCCUGUAUUGAAUGAUGUUCUCGUUUAUCUUGGUCUCCUCUACUUCGCACAACUUGAUGGCUUCAUCCACAAGGCUAAGCAGUGACAUGAUGCUGCCUGGCACUGUUAUACACAAUAGACUAAAGUUCACAGUGAACAUGCGCGAACAAAACAGCGCUACUAUAUCUGGGUUGUAAUCAUUAGUCCAAAACGUUUUGCAACGGAAAACUUUUACUCCAAACGGAAAACUUCUUACAGCGAAAACAACAUUUUAUAUAUGGACACAUUCAGGUAGGUCCCUCUCCGUUUCGUUCCGUUUGGGUCCUAGUGAAUACACCCCUAGUCUAGCUAACGUUAGAUAGCUAAAUGAAAACAUACGCACACUGCAAACUUAAAUGCAUCACAUACACAUUUGAAAGCAGCAUCUUGAGAAAGUGUGACACUUGCAAGCUGUCACGUGUCUGUUUUUGUACUGACCAGCGAAAGCAAAAAGCGGAAGUUACGCUAGCGAGCUAACUGGCAAAACAGAGUAUAUUUGCAAAGUCCCAAACGACUGUCACAAAACCCAUUCAACAUUGUCUGGCGUUCAUAUACAACGUCUACUAUGUAAUCCUUUAAAUACUGGACAACAUACAUAUUAUUCACGUAAAAAAUCGCACACACGACUUUCUCCACCAACUCCAAAUCCAAGUUACGCCAACAACAAUAACCUCAACAUCUCGCGAUAUUCAGACUCGCUACUAUGGAAACGGGGACACUGGUGUAUUCACCUGCUGCAGUGCAUGGGGGAAAUUAUAGUUAUCGGAACAAUCAACAAACAUUUGACUUUUACUCACUCUGAUUUACAAAACCAUAAUGGAACAAUUUCGUGGUGCGGGAGACAAAGCAGUACCCGUGAAAAUAACUGUACUACGUGGAAAUAACCUGGUAAGCUUGCAUCCCUAUCUGCUUUGCAGUAGUAUCACUGAGGUAUAAUAAGAAAGGUCAGUAGUAGCAGCUUGCAAAUGGCUAACUCGGUGUUUUAAAUGCUCGGGUUCUGGGGAUCCAUAGUUGUGCACUGUUUUGUCCUAGCUCAGGAAGCACAACUGAUUCAGUUAAUCAAGAGUUUGAUGACUAACUUAAUUGAUCAGUUGAAUCAGGUGUGUUAGGCUAUGACAAAAAUGUGCACCCCCGACAGUGACUGAGCUCCAUUGAUCAAAUUCAGUUAGCUAGCUAGCUAACGUUAGUAUUAUAAUAAUUACACCUCAAACAAAAUGGUGUCUCUUUUUCACUUCCAGAGGGGCAACAAGGCUGAGUCCCUCCUGAACUAUGUGAGGGCUGAGUUCAAUGGCAUCAUGCUGGGAGAUUCCCAGAAGCUAGAUGCUGCUGUGGAUCAGGGCGUGGAUUACAACUUCACCUGCAGCUUUGAGUGCUCAGAUGCUGGCCACACAUUAGAUGACAUGGCACACAAACCUGUCAUAUGUGAGCUACUACCAACUAAUCCAUUAUUAUGAUGUAUGCUGCCUAUUUCAGAUGUUAUAGCCACUAUUCAUCUUGAGGAUUGAUCGAUAUCCUCAUUGUACCGUGUCUCACUCGUUCACCAAUUGACGGUUGCUUAUCACAUUAAUCCUCUCUGUUGUGUUGUUGUUGUCAUUUAGUGACAGUGAUUGAGAUCCUUCCCAAGGAGAAGAAGCAGAAGGAGGAGAAGACUGCAGUUAUAGGGCAAGCUAUAGUGGACUUGAUACCUCUCUUGCAUGGUGAGAGACCAACACAUUAGAUCCAAUCAAGUAUCCAUCUAACUUAAUACCUUCCGGGGACAAAAAAACCUCACUCAUGGUUAAAAUUUAAAUUUAAAUUGAUUCCUCUCUCUCUCACCCUCAAUAGGUCAGGUCAGCUUCUCAUCCACUGUGCUACUUCAUCCAACCCCUGGCUCACCUGCGGAUGCAGCCUCACAGGAGGGCAGCUGUAAGGUACGAGUAAAGACUAACCAGCACGAGAGACUUUGUGUGUCUUCGUGUGAGUGUGUGUGUGUGUGUGUGUGUGAGUGUGUUCAUAUGUGACUGUGUGUUUGUGUGUGUGUUCAUGCCUGACUGUGUGUUUGUUCAUACGUGACUGUGUGUUUGUGUGUGUGUGUGUGUUCAUAUGUGACUGUGGGUUUGUGUGUGUGUUCAUACGUGACUGUGGGUUUGUGUGUGUGUGUGUUCAUACCUGACUGUGUGUUUGUGUGUGUGUUCAUACGUGACUGUGUGUUUGUGUGUGUGUGUGUACUCUAUGUUUGUUUGUAAUUGACAUCCCCCUCCUCUCUGCCUGGCACCCAGCCAUCUCUAGACGUGACCGUCUGUGUUCCCGAGCCUCUGCUAUCCGGCGUCCAGCUGUCUGAAUCCAACCUGCUGAAGGUUACUGUGGAGACAGCUUACUCUGUACCGGAGGUGUGGAACCCUGUCUCUGGAUCUGGUCCUCCCUGCAGCUAUGUGGCUGCCCUGCAGGUUCCCCUCACUGCAGAGGUGAGAGAUAAAAUACCUAUGUUGCCAUCAGGGUUGGGGUCAAUUCCAUUUCAAUUGAGUCAAUACAGGAAGUAAAGUGAAAUUCCUCUUCUUCUCAUGGAUUUUGGCAAAUAUUUGCUAUUGAAUAGAAUGACAACUCUAUAGGUUAGUUACAUUUACAUUUUAGUCAUUUAGCAGACGCUCUUAUCCAGAGCGACUUACAGGAGCAAUUAGGGUUAAGUGCCUUGCUCAAGGGCACAUCGACAGAUUUUUCACCUAGUCGGCUCGGGGAUUAGAACCAGCAACCUUUCGGUUACUGGCACAACGCUCUUAACCACUAAGCUACCUGCCGCCCCAGUUCACGAUCACACUGGAAUAGUACAGACCAAGUCCCAUGCUAAUGCACUAAAGCAUUUUUACUGUGGAAAUGUUAUCAACUUUGAACUAUUGACAGUAAUUCAAGGAUAUAAUACACACACAUAGAUGAACCCACAAUCCCUAAUGUCAUAUGACAUUUAACUUUAACUUAUACCUGACACAUUUCUUGUUUCCCCCCAGAAAGAGCAGGUUCUGUUGUUCUCCAAUGGGCUGCUGAAAGUGGGCGGGGAGAUUGAACCCAUGGGAAGACCCAGGAAGUGGCCCCUGGGUCCCCUGUUGGCUUCUGGAGCUCAAUUCAUACCAGGUGUCUCCAUAGAGGCAGAGCCCAUUGAGAUGGAGGAUGGGGAUCUCACCAGCAUAGAGGUACUCUAGCCUACUUGUACUCUAGUAUUAUGGUAGGUAAACCAUCUCUAGUACUGCUGCAUGAUCUCACGUUAAUACGAAAUGAAUACAAUGUUUUUAUUGUUCUGUCGUAUUUUCAAUUAUUGUCAUUGAGUCAAUGUUGUUUGCCCUCUCAGUGGUUUGACCAAUACAUUAUGUGUAAUGUAUGGACCUCUUCCCUUCAUCUCUUCCUGUGUUUUCCAGGACAGGGAUUUCCGGAAUGAAGCGGAGACCAAUAAGAAGAGAGUGAGCUGGGACACAGAGCGUCGUUGCUUUCUGGAUGCAGAUGGUGCAGCCUGGUGAGACAGAUACACCACACCACCUCACUGCAAAUGAUCUGCUUCUAUUGAAUCCUGCUUUUAAACACACACAUCUUGGAUUUUAUCUGUAACAAAUAUACAGUACCAGUCAAAAGAUUGGACACACCUACUCAUUCAAGGGUUUUUCUUUAUUUUUAUUAUUUUCUACAUUGUAGAAUAAUAGUGAAGACAUCAAAACUAUGAAAUAACACAUAUGGAAUCAUGUAGUGACCAAGAAAGUGUUAAACAAAUCAAAAUAUAUUUGAGAUUCUUCAAAGUAGCCACCCUUUGCCUUGAUGACAGCUUUACACACUCUUGGCAUUCUUUCAACCAGCUUAAUGAGGAAUGCUUUUCCAACAGUCUUGAAGGAGUUCCCACAUAUGCUGAGCACUUGUUGGCUGCUUUUCCUUCACUCUGCAGUCCAACUCAUCCCAAACCAUCUAAAUUGGGUUGAGGUCAGUUGAUUGUGGAGGCCAAGUCAUCUGAUGCAGCAAUCCAUCCUGGAGGUGUGUUUUGGGUAAUUGUCCUGUGGAAAAACAAAUUACAGUCCCACUAAGCGCAAACCAGAUUGGAUGGCGGAUCGCUGCAGAAUGCUGCGGUAGCCAUGCUGGUUAAGUGUGCCUUGAAUUCUAAAUAAAUCACGGUCAGUGUCACCAGCAAAGCACCCCCACACCUCCUCCUCCAUGCUUCACGGUGGGAACCACACAGGCGGAGAUCAUCCGUUCACCUACUCUGCGUCACACAAAGACAUGGUUGUUCUAACCAAAAAUCUAAAAUUUCGACAGAUUUCCACCGGUCUAAUGUCCAUUGCUCGUGUUUCUUGGCCCAAACAAGUCUCUUCUUAUUGUCCUUUAGUAGUGGUUUAUUUUCAGCAAUUCGACCAUGAAGGCCUGAUUCACGCAGUCUCCUCUGAACAGUUGAUGUUGACAUGUCUGUUACUUUAACUCUGUGAAGCAUUUAUUUGGGCUGCAAUCUGAGGUGCAGUUAACUCUAAUUAACUUAUCCUCUGCAGCAGAGGUAACUCUGGGUCUUCCUUUCCUGUGGCGGUCCUCAUGAGAGCCAGUUUCAUCAUAGCGCUUGAUGGUUUUUGCGACUGCACUAGGAAGACAUUUUAAAAGUUCUUGAAAUUAUCCAUAUUGACUGACCUUCAUGUCUUAAAGUAAUGAUGGACUGUCGGUUUUCUUUGCUUAUUUGAGCUGUUUUUGCCAUAAUAUGGACUUUGUAUUUUACCAAAUAGGGCUAUCUUCUGUAUACCACCCCUACCUUGUCACAACACAACUGAUUGGCUCAAACGCAUUAAGAAGGAAAUAAAUUCCACAAAUUGACUUUUAACAAGACACACCUGUUAAUUGAAAUGCAUUCCAGGUGACUACCUCAUUAAGCUGGUUGAGAGAAUGCCAAGAGUGUGCAAAGCUGUCAUCAAGGCAAAGGGUGACUACUUAAAAAUAUAUUUUGAUUUGUUUAACACUUUUUUGGUUACUACAUGAUUCCAUAUGUCUUAUUUCAUAGUUCUGAUGUCUUCACUAUUAUUCUACAAUGUAGAAAAUAGUUAAAAAAAUAAAGAAAAACCCUUGAAUAAGUAGGUGUGUCCAAACUUUUGACUGGUACUUUAUAUAGAGAGGGUAUGAAGCUACAGUAUCCUCAAUAAAGUUUUUAUUUAAUUGAAAAAAGUUGACUUAUAUAAGCCAACUACCAAAUUGCCCUUUGGGAACAAUAACGUUUUAUUGAAUUUAAUGGAAUUUAAUUGAAUUCUUUAUCUAUGUUUUAUCCUCCUCUCUCAGUCUGACCCGUAGGAUAGCAGAGAGCAGACUGUGGCCAGUAGAGGUCAUGAGGUCACCACAGGUUGGAGCCACUAAGGGAGGGAAGGCUGGCAAAGACAAGGGAGUAAGACACUGAAUUUCUCCUGUACAGGAUCUGAUUAAAUCACUCAUGGCCAUUAUUAUUAAUAUCCUUACUAAUGAUUGUUUGAACUGCCUUUGUAUUUGUCUGUCUGUGUGUGUGUGGGUGUGUCUGUUCAACAGGGUGAGGAUGAGACCCAACUCUCCUUCCAUGGAGUUGCAUACGUGGACAUGGCGCCCCUGUUGUACCCCGGGGCAAGGCGUAUCCGUGGGGCAUACCGGCUUUACCCCUUCUACGACUCUGACCUACUGGUCAAGGUGAGAGUAUCUUCGACUACAGCCAUUCAAGGUUUCUUUAGAAUAUGGUGUUGACAGGUUUGGUAUUGCAAGGCUAAGGUGAGAUAGGCUGGCAGUGGGAGGAGUGGAGGAACGGUCAACACUAAUUUGUCACUCAUGAUUAUUACAGAACUGCUUUAGUUGUGUGUGUGUGUGAGACUGAAAUGAGUGGAGAAAUGAAACAGACUUGCAGAACAGACUACCAGAACAGAUGCAGCCAUGUUGACUAAUUCAUUCUGAGACACAGCAGAUUAUCAUCAUUCCAUUCCGUGCCAGUUUUCAUGUCCUUGUCGCUCUCUCUCUCUGUCAGUUGGAGUUUCGUUCAAAGUAUCAUGCUGCUGAGGACAUUUGGUUUGUUUUAGUACAUUUCCUAUGUAGAUAGAUAACACUUUAUUGCCCUUAAAACAUUUUUCUAUGAUACCCUCAAGUGUCCUAAAAUAGAGAAUCAAAACAGUUGAUGGUCCAAGUUAUUACAAUCUUAAAACAAAUAGUUUGUGUUAGCGCAGUAAAUAACAAAUGUGGAAAUAUGAGAUACAUCAGUUAACCACAACUCACAUUUGACACAUCUUUUAUUAUUUCACAGCUGUGCCAGCACUGUAUCCCUGCGGGUAUCGUUAUUACUCAUUGCUAAUUGGCUUGUUGUGCCAUAGUUUGGAUUGUUAAUUGUUAUCUCUCGGUCUCAUCCCUCUCUCAUUACACCCUUGAAGCCAAUAGGAUCACUCUAAUGUGCUCCAGUGGAGGCUGCUGAGUGGAGGACGGCUCAUAAUAAUGGCCGGAACGGAGCAAAUGGAAUGGCAUCAAACCAUAUUUGAUGUAUUUGAUACCAUUCCACUGAUUCCGCUCCAGCCAUUACCGCGAGCCCGCCCUCCCCAAUGAAGGUGCCAUCAACCUCCUGUGAUGUGCUCUAAUGCUCUCGUGCUCCACCUGAGGUGCUGAAUGUGAGUUUUGGCAUUACCUUGGAAACAUGGAACCAAACCACCCCCUGCUGAGUGAUUAUCUGGUGUUAUUAUGUGUGACCUGGGUCAUGUUCAUAAGGCGACAAACGGAACAAAACGGACUGAAAUAGGAGGGACGAUUACAUGGACUUGGUCCAAUAAGAACCGUCAUUUUCGUUUACCGUUGCAAAAAGAUUUGUUACGGUGUGCCCUAAUGAACAUGACCCUUGUAUUGUGUUUGAUAGGCUAAGAGAAACAUCAGUGUCCUGAGAGAGAGUAUCAGGGCUUCGGCCACCCAGGGCCGAGGUAGGGCCCUCUCCUCCGUAGGCUCCUGUAAGGCGGCCCCUAGUAAGAUGUUCGACGGCGGCCACAAGGGCGGGAAGGACACCAAGGAAUCGCCCAAAAGGGUGAGUGACUGGCUUACUGCCUUUUUGACCAUGAUGGGGCUCUGCGUCUCAGACAGUGCCUCUUUCUCGAUUCAUCUUUCCUUGAUGCCUAGAACCCUCUCUCCUCGCCUCUGUCUCAGAACACAUUGGAGAACAAGGUGAGACGGGAGGGACCUUUGACCUUCUCCUCCAAUAUGGUUGAGAAGGAGGCAAGGAGAUAGGAUGCAAGGAAUCGCAGAAAAACAAAAUGAGAUAGAGCCAGGAUAUGACUUCUUUGUAAAAGGUCUCAAUAGCAUUCAGUGACAUCCUGUUGAUAGGCCAGCUGCGGUCUCCCACAGAGCAUCUUAGAUCAGAGACCCUGAUUUCCUCUCUGAUUUAAUUGUGGGUCGGCAGCAACAGGAGCGCUUCCCAAAGCAAUUAGCGUUAAUGGCAGCAGCUUGCCAGCUUCGUCAGAGAGCGGUGAAUCAUCUCGUUAGCUGUUAGCUCAUCUGGCCCCUCACUACAGCCCCCCGUGGUCCAUCAGCAGAAGGAGCGGCGAACACACACACACACACAUUCAUUUGCAUACACACACAUACACGUAAACACACACACAUGUACACAGCCACCCCACCAACUGAGCAUCUGGCACGGCCAGACAAAUAACACGCUCCUACACACAGGCACGCACCCACACACGCAUGCUUCCACAAGUGCACACACACACACUCACACAAGCAUGCCCACGGAUACACAAACACAAAGUGCACAAAGUACACAUACAUGUUCAUAUAGUACACAUACAUGCAGGCAUGCACAGGUACGUACAGGUACAUGAAUCCAUCCACACAAACAACCCCCUCUUAUUCGUGGUUCAUACACAAGCGUUGCCUAGAAGUGUUGCCUACACAUGCCCACAUACACCUAGAAAAUAACUGUUUAAUAACUGUUUUGAACUGUAGCAUGGUUGAACCAGGGUAUCAUUUGAAAACAGGUGGUUUACUAUUGUGUAUUUCCAACUUCGUCUUUCUGCAAUGUCUCAUGGCAAUAUUCUAACUCGUAAAGAGUGAACUAGAAGAGAAGUAUACUGUGCUUGUUUCCCUUGCUUGGUGGGAGAGAAGGAGAUAGUGAUUUGUUUUAUUUCAGCCCGGGACACAGGGGAAGUCGGCACCCGUUGGCACUGAUAGUGUGACGCUGGUUGAACCUGAACAGCAGCAACAAGUGAACAUAGAGGGCCAGGUGAGUUGGGGUUCUGUGAACCAAUAAACAAUAUCAAAUCUAGGGGUCAUGUAUACAUUUUAUAAUGUAGUCAUUUAGCAGACGCUCUUAUCCAGAGCGACUUACAGGAGCAAUUAGGGUGAAGUGCCUUGCUCAAGGGCACAUGGACAUUUUUCACCUAGUCGAACUAGCGACCUUUCGGUUACUGGCCCAACGCUCUUAUCCCCAAGGGUACCUUCCGCCCUCUAUAGGAAGUACCUAUCAUCUCUGUGUACCAUUUCCAAUGAAUCUAUUGCAUAUGGCAAAUUAACUUGAACCUUGAACUUAGAUGUAUGCAGAUUCCAGAACCUACAUCAUCAUUGAAAUCGCUUUUGAGAAGUCGCUGGUGCCAAAGAGAUCACCGGAAGAGUUAGCCAAAAGGUAACGUGACGUUUGUUCAACUUUAAUCAAAUAUGUGGAAUGGCCUCAGAGAUAAACAUUUAAGUCUGAAGUAAUUGAGUGGAAGUACUGCAGUAGUAUAGAUUAGAAUGGGAAGAAAAAGGGAUGGUUUGUUUGAAAAGAUGUAGCAGUUGUAGUAAUAUCCUAGUAACGUUGUUGUAACAUUGUUUUAUGGUUUACCACGUUUUCUAUGCAUUUCUGUUGAAAGGGUGAUGGAGCUGAUACCUGCUAGAGCUCCCUUGCCUCGCAGACCUGCUGGAGCAGAGAGAGUAAACCAUCACACACACACAUUCCACAAAUGCAAUCCAAUAACAUGGUCUGAUGAUUACACUUCCCUCAAUCAUUACAUUCACUCUGAGUGAUUGUCAUCUUGUGGCCAUAAUCUAGAUUUGUGUACACAGUCAAAGGUAAGUAGAGGCAUAAAAUGCCAGUGGUUUCCAGUGAUGAUAGCUGCUGUCUCCUGCAGUCCAGCACAUCCCAAACCAACGUCACACUUAACCUUAUAACGGGCUCUGGGAAUGUAAGUCGUUGCCAAAUGUCAUAAUUGUUUGAAAACAAGUAUAUUUUUAGCCAUUACUUCCUUCCUUGCUUCCCUACUUCCUUCCUUCUAUCCUGCUGUACCAGGCUGUGCAGGAGUACCAGGCCCAGAUAGCCAGUGUGGCAGGCCAGGUGUUGGAGCAGUACCAGCAGCUGUUCGGGCCUGCCUUCCUGCCCGGGGAGAAGCCUCUGGACCCAACCAGCCAGGAGCAGCGCAAGACCAAGCUCCUGGGAGAACUCAACUAUUCUGGGAAGUACUUUGCUUUCAAGGAGCAGAUUAAGGUGAGAAAGGGCUGGGUCGCAUUUAUUAGCCACCAACAAAAACUGACUGACUGAAACAGGGAGAGACUACCUGAACUGACUGACUGAAACAGGGAGAGACUACCUGAACUGACUGACUGAAACAGGGAGAGACUACCUGAACUGACUGACUGAAACAGGGAGAGACUACCUGAACUGACUGACUGAAACAGGGAGAGACUACCUGAACUGACUGACUGAAACAGGGAGAGACUACCGAACUGACUGCUGAAACAGGGAGAGACUACCAGAACUGACUGGCUGAAACAGGGAGAGACUACCUGAACUGACUGGCUGAAACAGGGAGAGACUACCUGAACUGACUGACUGAAACAGGGAGAGACUACCUGAACUGACUGACUGAAACAGGGAGAGACUACCUGAACUGACUGACUGAAACAGGGAGAGACUACCUGAACUGACUGACUGAAACAGGGAGAGACUACUUGAACUGACUGACUGAAACAGGGAGAGACUACCUGAACUGACUGACUGAAACAGGGAGAGACUACCUGAACUGACUGACUGAAACAGGGAGAGACUACCUGAACUGACUGACUGAAACAGGGAGAGACUACCUGAACUGACUGACUGAAACAGGGAGAGACUACCUGAACUGACUGACUGAAACAGGGAGAGACUACCUGAACUGACUGACUGAAACAGGGAGAGACUACCUGAACUGACUGACUGAAACAGGGAGAGACUACCUGAACUGACUGGCUGAAACAGGGAGAGACUACCUGAACUGACUGACUGAAACAGGGAGAAACUACCUGAACUGACUGACUGAAACAGGGAGAGACUACCUGAACUGACUGACUGAAACAGGGAGAGACUACCUGAACUGACUGACUGAAACAGGGAGAGACUACCUGAACUUAAGAAACAGUUGUUUUUGUUUUCCGUUGCAAAACAUUUUGCUAUGGUGUACCCUAAUGAAUAUGAUCCUGGUUAGGGAAAUGGGUAAAGGAAAAUGUUGAGAAUGACAGUUGCAUGAGGGCUUAAUAGCUGCUUUUAGACAGUGGGGUCAGGGCUAACCAGUAGCCAGCUGGUGCUUAUCUCCUAAAGUCUGGUAAACAAGCCAGUCUGCUUGUUGUUCUUCUCAUCUGAGGCUGGUUCCUUACAAUGUAUUAUAGAUUUAGAGAAGGAUCAACUGGAUCCCUAGUAUCCUGGUCCCAGAUCUGUUUGUGCUGUCUUGCCAAAUUGGACCAGGCUAGCUCCGUUGUCCCUUUUUAAGUCUUUUUGAGAAGACAAUCCAACGGUGUCAGAUGUUUCCCCUUGUAUGUUAUUCAUAAACAAUUGUUUUUCAUAGAAUCUCAGAAGUGGGAUGUAUAAUAAGACUAACAAUAUACAUCUGUGGCGAUGUUUCUGCUGCCAUGUCAUGGCAGUACUCUGUGGUGAUGUUUCUGCUGCCAUGUCAUGGCAGUACUCUGUGGUGAUGUUCCUGCUGCCAUGUCAUGGACAGUACUCUGUGGUGAUGUUUCUGCUGCCAUGUCAUGGUUAGUACUCUGUGGUGAUGUUUCUGCUGCCAUGUCAUGGUUAGUACUCUCUGGUGAUGUUUCUGCUGCCAUGUCAUGGUCAGUACUCUGUGGUGCGUAUCGUGAGAGAGAAGAUGCUGCGGACCGAGGCCUUCUCAGAUCCUGAGCAGCUGCAGGCCUUCCUCAGCCAGCUCUAUGUGUUCCUGGUGGACGAGAUGCACAUCGCCCUCAAUAAGGCAAGACACAUGCAAAAUCCCCACAAGUAUAGUUAAACACGUCCACACACACACCAGCGCAGGAAUGCAUGCACAUUGCGCACACACACCCGUGCUCACCCUUCCCAGUCCCACCAUACAUACAUUUACAGUAGCAGUCAAAAGUUUGGUCACACCUACUCAUUCAAGGGUUUUUCUUUAUUUUUACUAUUUUCUACAUUGUAGAAUAAUAGUGAAGACAUCAAAACAAUGAAAUAACACAUAUGGAAUCAUGUAGUAACCAAAAAUAUAUUUUAUAUUGAGAUUCUUCAAAUAGCCACCCUUUGCCUUGAUGACAGCUUUGCACUCUCUUGGCAUUCUCUCAACCAGCUUCACCUGGAAUGCUUUUCCAACAGUCUUGAAGGAAUUCCCACAUAUGCUGAGCACUUGUUGGCUGCUUUUCCUUCACUCUGCCGUCCGACUCAUCCCAAACCAUCUCAAUUGGGUUGAGGUUGGGGAAUUGUGGAGGCCAGGUCAUCUGAUGCAGCACUCCAUCACUCUCCUUCUUGGUAGAAUAGCCCUUACACAGCCUGGAGGUGUGUUGGGUCAUUGUCCUGUUGAAAAACAAAUGAUAGUCCCACUAAGCCCAAACCAGAUGGGAUGGCGUAUUGCUGCAGAAUGCUGUGGUAGCCAUGCUGGUUAAGUGUGCCUUGAAUUCUAAAUAAAUCACAGACAGUGUCACCAGCAAAGCACCCCCACACCAUAACACCUCCUACACCAUGCUUUACGAUGGGAACUACACAUGCAGAGAUCAUCCAUUCACCCACACCGCGUCUCACAAAGACACGGCGGUUGGAACCAAAAAUCUCCAAUUUGGACUCCAGACCAAAGGAGACAUUUCCACCGGUCUAAUGUCCAUUGCUCAUGUUUCUUGGCCCAAGCAGGUCUCUUCUUCUUAUUGGUGUCCUUUAGUAAUGGUUUCUUUGCAGCAAUUCGACCAUGAAGGCCUGAUUCACACAGUCCCCUCUGAACAAUUGAUGUUGAGAUGUGUCUGUGACUUGAACUCUGUGAAGCAUUUAUUUGGGCUGCAAUUUCUGAGGCUGGUAACUCUAAUGAACUUAUCCUCUGCAGCAGAGGUAACUCUGGGUCUUCCAUUCCUGUGGUGGUCCUUGUGAGAUCCAGUUUCAUCAUAGCGCUUGAUGUUCAUCAUAGCGCUGCACAAUGUUCCGUAUUGACUGACCUUCAUGUCUUAAAGUAAUGAUGGACUGUCGUUUCUCUUUGCUUAUUUGAGCUGUUCUUGCCACAAUAUGGACUUGGUCUUUUACCAAAUAGGGCUAUCUACCUUGUCACAACACAACUGAUUGGCUCAAAUGCAUUAAGAAGGAAAGAAGUUCCAUAAAUUAACUUUUAAGAAGGCACACCAGUUAAUUGAAAUGCAUUGCAGGUAACUACCUCUGAAGCUGGUUGAGAGAAUGCCUUGAUGACAGCUUUGCACACUCUUGGCAAUCAAAUUUAACACUUUUUUGGUUACUACAUGAUUCCAUAUAUGUUAUUUCAUAGUUUUGAUAUCUUCACUAUUAUUCUACAAUAUAAAAAAUAGUACAAAUAAAGAAAAACCCUUGAAUGAGUUGGUGUGUCCAAACUUUUGACUGGUAGUGUACAUGCCCAGCUCUUUCUUUACAUGGAUUUCCGCAUAUUCUGUUCUUCCCUUUUCCCUUCCCUUGUGCAGACCCUUAAACACGAACACAGGCAAAAACAUGACUAGGGUCUGGUUUCAAUGAUGGACUCUUUUGGCAUAGAGGAACUACGUCACUACUUUAUCCGCUUUAAUAAAAUACAAAAUAGUAGCUAGCUAGAUGGAGAUCACGCAGAGGUAAUUGUUUUAAUGAGUGCAUUUCGCAAGUGGCUAGUUUACAUCAUCUACCUUAACUAAAACCACUGCAAAGGUUUUGCCUGUAAACUUUGGUUUGUUGGGAGAGUCCCCAGAUUGUUUUUAUUUUUCUUAUCGACGUAGGUAAUGACGUAGUUCCUCUUCCAUAGUUGAAACCAGACUCUAGUCACUGUUGCUUAGGGUUGGGUUUUCGUAACUAUCCCUUAUGGGGCUCUGUUUGUAAUUUUCUAUAUUUGUUGAAACAUUAAUUAAUUAAACGUUUGUGUCCACAAAAUCUAUCACAAAAAAAUACGUAACAGCCUUGCUCUUCUUCUCUCUCCAGACAUUGUCAGUGGAUGCCCAGGAGACUCAACCUCGCCCCCUGGUGGACUGUGCCCAGCUCAUCCAUUUUGCCAAGGAGGCCCAACUCAACGGGGACUACCAGCUAGCUGCCCAGUACUACCAGGAGGUAAACUGAGUGUUUGAGGGGAUCAGUUUGGGCGAAGCGAGGUGCUGAAGCACUCAACUUAAUCACAUUCUGAGUAGUUACACUGUCUGCACCACACCCUUGUGCUGCCGUCACUAGUGUGCCUGUGAAAAAGCUCUUGAAUGUUUUCAACCAUUGGACCUUUAGUUGUGACGGGAGGGACAAAACAUCAUAACAAUGGACAUUUCACCCUUUUAGUGAGCUUGGUUUGUUUGUGCAGCAGCUGACCCGUGACCGUAGCGACCCAGCCCACUGGUUUGACUACGGGGUGUUCUACAUGCUGACGGCUGACUACCAGAAGGCUGAGGAGUGCUUCCACUACGCUGUGUCCAUGGAGCAGACACACCUGCCCAGGUAAUAGGGAGGGGGAUAGUAACCUGGUUCAGCAUUCAGUCUGGUUUAACCAGGCUAGGGGAAUAGAGGUCCAUACUUAAAACUUAUAUCCAGUGAAACCAGGAACUUGUCAUUUGCAUGUAUACCUCUCAUGGGAUGAGGGCAAGGACCCUCCUACAAGCCCUUUCUGGGGUUUUUCACCCCUGCACAAUCUUUUUUAUUUUUUUUAUGUUGUUUCUUUUAUGAGCAAAUAAAUGAAUUACAUAAAGUUUAACUGAACGAUAUUCUGGAUAUUCUCUGUCUGUCUGCAGUUUGCUUAUGUGUGGUAUCCUGGCAGAGAUGGGUGGACGCCUCGAGGAGGCAGAGACAUUCUUUGAGGGAGCCACGUGUGUGGACCCGUCCAAUGUGGUGGCCUGGACUCUGUUUGGUAAGAGAUGAGAGCCAGGGAGGGAGAUGCUAACCUGGUCCCAGAUACUGUAUGUUUGUAACAACAACCCUAGGAGUUGACUCUACAGCACAAACUGAUCUAGGACCAGGCUGGAAACGCCUCUAUUAAUCACAACCACAAACAGACAUCUUACUUUCAUUUGUCAGCAAACAUCAUCUAAUCCCAAGAAUUCAAUACAAGGAAAUGCCUGGCACUUUCUAAUGACACGGCAUAAUACUUAUACAGUGUUACAAUACUAGAAUAAUGUGUGGUAAUAGGGCUGUAUGACUUUAGAAAUAUUGGGAGUCGAUUCUGAUUCUUCAAUUGGGAGUCAAUUCCAAAAAAUGUGCAGAGUCCAAUGGUGGUGACUGUAUUUGUUCUGUUUGGGUCUCAUUAUGUGUGGUCGCUGGUCAGGCCUGUUCAAUGAGGGCCAGGAGAACUCCAUCCAGACAGAGAUGGCCUUCCUGGAGGCCACCAAGCAGCUGAGGGCAGCCCUGGUGGUCACCCCACCCUGCAGGGUGGAGACAGGGGUGGAGCCACCAGCCCUGGGGGAGGAGGAGCAGGAGGUGGCGAGCUGUGAGUCGCUCACCAUCAAGCCAGGUGAGCACUAAGCAGAUACAGUAUCGCUAGCUGGUUAACCGAGUGCCAAAUCGAGCAACGUGCAGUGGCCACCCUGCCUGACACUAGAAGUAUUGUCGGCCUUGCUCAACCAAGACCAUGCUUCGUGAGUGUGAGGUGUUGUUGUGCAAGAGGUCGAACUCAUUUCUCUGAUCUACUUUUGUUGGAUGUAGACGUGGAGGGAGACACAGAAGCCAGUGUGGUGACCGGGUCUCAGAGCUGCCAGGGCAGCAAGCCUGGGGAGGGAUACAAGGGAGGUGCUGAGGCUGAACCUAGCGCCAUGCGACAUCUAGCAACCCCCACCAGACUAAACACCACAAUCUAUAUGGAGACAGUGCAGUUCCUGCUGCAGAACAACGCACUACAGGUCAGCAACACACACACACUCAGCUACUAGACACACAUGCUGUAUAGAAGCCUAUUGAUGUUUAUACACUAAACCAUGGCCCAAUCCAACAGAAGAUAGUGAGUGAAAAACCCAUACAGAAUGUUAGACUGGUAAGCCACUAUAGCUCUGUAUCAAAAGUAAGAGUUGCGUGGCGCUGAUCUCAGCUCUGAAUCUCACCUUUUAUUUGUGUCUGACCCCUUCUGGUUGUGUGUUUGCAUUGUUUACAUUGUGUGUGUGUGUGUGUGUGUGUGUGUGUGUGUGUGCAUUGUUUACAUUGUGUGUGUGCAUUUAUGCAUCACUCCUGAUACAUAUCUGGCAGCCUUCCCUCUGUGUCCUGUGUUUGCUACAGAUGAGAUGAUAAGAGACUCUGAUGAUCCAUGUGGUUUAUUGUGCGUAUGUAACUAAUCACCCUAUAGCCCACAGAUGGCUAUAGGGUGAACGCACCAAUUUGUGAGUCGCUCUGGCUAAGAGCGUCUGCUAAAUGACGUUAAUGUGCCCUUGAGCAAGGCACUUAACCCUAAUUGCUCCUGUAAGUCGCUCUGGUUAAGAGCGUCUGCUAAAUGACUAAAAUGUAAAUGUAGAUGGCCCAGAGAGCGCUGGCCCAGGAGCUCUUGUGUCCAGAGGGGGGUCUGAGCAGCUCCUACCACCUGGCCCUGGCCCGCCUGCAGCUGCUCAGGGCAGAGUACAGCAGUGCCGAGUCCAGCCUGAAGGAGGCGCUCAACGACAGCUUUCAGGUAGCGCCAACAGACGUUUCCAGCCCGUUUCCCAGACACAAAUUAAGCCUGGUCCAGGAGUAAAAAUCAUGCUCAAUGGAAAUUCUCAAUUGAACUAGGUUUAAUCUGUGUCUGGCCCUUCAAGUUAAACUUUUGACUUUAUUGUUUGAAAGGGAAAUUGGUUUUGCAGCAAUCUGAUGAUAAUCUGAUGCUUCUAAAUUUAUAUAUUAUUCCAUACAGGAAUCAAAUGGCUAGCACAUUAGCAGAGUGUGAUCCCUGCAGGAAUUGAACCCACAACCUUGGUGUUAUUAACACCAUGCUCUGACUAAGUGAUCCACACAGGACCUGAUUGCUAUAUUGUAUAUUCAAUAAUAAUAAUAAUAAUAAUAUGCCAUUUAGCAGACGCUUUUAUCCAAAGCGACUUAUAGUCAUGCGUGCAUCCAUUUUUUUUUGUGUGUAUGGGUGGUCCCGGGGAUCGAACCCACUACCUUGGCGUUACAAGCGCCGUGCUCUACCAGCUGAGCUACAGAGGACCACCAAGACACUUAUAGGACCCAGAUGUAUAUUCUGGACACGUAUAGGACCCAGAUUUAUAUUCUGGACACGUAUAGGACCCAGAUGUAUAUUCUGGACACGUAUAGGACCCAGAUUUAUAUUCUGGACACGUAUAGGACCCAGAUGUAUAUUCUGGACACGUAUAGGACCCAGAUGUAUGGGCGUUGUUUGGGCACAUACACCACAUGACUGGGGAGUUUGGGAAGGCCCAGGAGUGUUACGAGAGGACCCUGGACUUUGUGACGGAUGCCACAGACACACACCCCAUCUACCUGCGGCUGGGAUCCAUCUACCUGCAGGAAGGGGAGGUGAGAUGGACAGGACAGGGGGGGUGAGGGCUACACACACACACCUCACCUGUGACCUGAGAACUCUUUAUUUACUACUGGGGAAUGUUCAGGAGUUGAUAGUUGUUUUGGUGGAGAACAAUACAUUAUUCUAAAAAGUAAAAAAUAUUAAAGUUACACACUCUAAAUAACGCCCUGUAAUUAAGAAUCACUAGGCGUGUGGGAGAUUUGUUGUUUUUAGUCUGACUCUGCACUUCGUCAACCAAUCAGGUGUACGUCUCCAGCUCCUACCUACCUAUGUGUGCCAACAUGAUUGAAUUGAACCCUUUAUGUAUUGACACUUAAGUUUCAGAGGGCGAAAAUGACUUACCUGCGCGCCUGCAAGAGCACCCCCUCCUGCCUCACCUGGCUGGGACUAGGGAUUGCCUGUUACCGGGUAAAAAUACCAUAUCUACUCUUCUCAAAUGAUACCACUCUUUUUGAUUACGUAUCAAGGCAAUAUUUGUGUGUGUGUGUGUAUUUUUAUUUAUUUAACCUUUAUUUAACCAGGCUAGUUAGGAAUUAGGAAUAAAUUCUUAGUUGCAAUGAUUGUGUGUGUGUGUGUGUACGUGUACGUGCCCACACAUAGCUAGGGGAGCUGACUGAAGCAGAGGAUGCACUGACAGAGGCCAACACCCUGAACAACGGGAACGCGGAGGUGUGGGGUUACCUGUCUCUAGUUUCUCUGCAGGUGAGCGUCCAGUCCAUAGAAAUAGAAUUCAUAAAACGGUCCUCUCCAUUCAAGUCAAUGAUGGCCAGCCAGAUUGCCAGGGUUAGAGGUUUCAAGCCCUUUCUAUGGAUUCUGUUUCUAUGAUCCAAACCGUAUGAUGUCACUACCAUAGAAUUACAUAUAUAAUGAAAGGAUCUCUGUUGUCACUUCACCCAGGAAUGGUUGAGGAGAUGUGAAGAGAUCUUGUAAUGUGGGACUGAGUGCUAUAGGACAGUACAGUAUAUCGUGUGUGAAGGGGGCCAGAAGAGAAUUGGCUCCUUUAGGGCCGUGUACUGAGGGUUUUGACACAAACAAAUAGUUCAGGUGAAAUCCAUGUGUAUUAACCCUCAAGUGUGUGUGCAUGUGCUGCGUGGUUGUGUUUCAGACGGGCAGAAGACUUGAGGCAGAGCAGUCCUAUAAAUAUGCCCUGAAGGUUGGUCCUCUCUGAAUUGUUUCAAAACAAUGUUAUCUAUAUGUAUAUGCAUUUAAUGAAGUAAUUUACUUUUAUUUCACAGUUGAACCUACAGAAAGAGGCAGUUCUUUGUGAGAUCAAGGCACUCCAAGAUCAUGUUGGCUUUGGAAAUCCA